AGAUGUAGACGCGCUUGGUCAAGUCGUUCAGUGCUGUCGCGCGGGCGAUAUAAUCCCGGGAGACGCGGCUAAACCUCGCCAAUUCCGCUCUCUGCUCCCUCUACUUCCUCUGCAUUCUGCUGCUGCUUCCUCCCGAUCUUCCUGUACAUAUAGUCGUUGCACCUCCGUCACACACUCCCGGCCCUUUCAGGCUUCUAUAUAUCCAGUAGGCAGCUCGUGCCGAUCGGUGCAGGUGCAGGUGCAGUUAGCAGAACGGCACGCAGCUAAUCAGCUAGGGAGCUGACGAGCUAGCGAUGGGGCGGUCGCCGUGCUGCGACAAGGCGAGAGUGAAGCGGGGCCCGUGGUCGCAGGAGGAGGACGCCAUCCUCAAGAGCUUCGUGGAGAGGUUCGGCAAUGCCGGCAGCUGGAUCGCUCUGCCCCAGAAAGCAGGGCUUAAACGAUGCGGUAAGAGCUGCCGCCUGCGCUGGCUCAACUACCUCGGCCCGGAGCUCCGGCACGGCGGCUUCACCGACGAGGAAGACAACCUCAUCCUGUCCCUCUACGGCGAAAUCGGAAGCAAGUGGUCGGUGAUCGCGUCCAGGCUCCCCGGACGGACGGACAACGACGUCAAGAAUUACUGGAACACCAAGCUCAAGAAGAGGUACAUGGCGAUCACAAGAGAAGAAAGGCAGCCAUCGCCGCCGCCACCUCCUAGCGGUGAUGGCAGCAUCGCCGUCGCCGACAGCCAAUCCCAAGACGAUGAACCCCCUCCUCCGCCACCGACACCUCCUGCCCUCGCUAAUCUCGGCACAGCCGUCGCCGAGGACGAUGAGCUCCUGCUCAAGUCGGAGCAGCUGUACGCCGAGCUCAUGGGCCUCAUCGAGCAGCAGUCAACGUCGACGACUGGACCGUCGACCAGGGACAGGGAGUCGCUCACGGCGACGUCUUCAUCGUCGUCGGGAACAAGUCCGACAGUUAGCCGCUCAGGUAGCUGCAGCAUGUGGGGCAUGGACGUGCAGGACACAACACUGCUGUCCGAGUCCAGCACCGGCAGCAGCCUGUUCGACGCUUACGGUGGCGAUGACGCGUUCGGUGCGGCUCUGCCCGCGUACUCCUUCCUAGACCUGCUGGCCGCGUCUUACGACGAGGUUGCCGCAGUGGCGCAUGAGUUGCUGUACUACUAGUACUAGGCAUUGACUUGGUCAACUUGAUGUUGUCACUACCACGAUCUGGAAUUUUCUGAGAGUGAAUCCCGGCUAAGAAAAUACCCAUAACCGCCAUGAAAAUGUAUCUAGUCGGUGAACCGUAAUCAAAUCCUCUCAUGAAUGCGCUGACAGAAAAAAAAAUCAUUUACUGUGGUGGUGAACCAUAAAAAAAAAAU